AUGCCAGCAACCCGGGUUGUGGAGAAAAUCUUGAGAUCAUUGACAGAUGAUUUUGAGAGCAUUGUAUGCGCCAUCAAGGAGUCGAAGGACCUGUCAGUUCUCUCAAUGGAAGAACUUGUCGGAGCCGAGGUCCUGGAGGUAGAGGACGAGGUGGCAGAGGACGAGGUGGGCGAGGUCAAGGUGGACAUGAAAGAGGUGAUGUUGAAGAGAGCACGGAUCAAACCAAGCAGUAGAAUUGGCAUGGUCGUGGUCAAGAAAGGGGCCAAGGAAAUUGGUAUCGGUCAUAUAGCCAAAUAUUGUCAAUCGGAAAAAAAGGAGAAAAAUCUUCUCACUGAGGAAGAUGACGAGGAAGAGAUAAGGAUUUUAAUGAUGAUGCAAAACUCAGAUGCUGAACUCAAGAGCGGAACGAGCAAUCACAUGUGUGGAGAUGAGAGUUUCUUCAGCGAACUCACCAAGGUGGAGGUCGGAUUAGUGUCAUGUGGAGAUGAUUCCAAGAUGGUGAUUAAAGGGCGUGGAACAAUUCGGCACAUGCAGAAGGAUGGAUGGGUUGGAGAAAUCAAGGAUGUCUACUAUGUUCCUGAGUUGAAGAAAAAUAUUUUGAGCAUAGGUCAGAUAGUGGAGAAAGGGAACCAGGUACUGUACUUAAAGGACAAGCACGGUCAGCUAGCAGCCCGGGUAGAAAAGAAGAAAAAUCGGAUGUACAAAUUGGAGUUGAGCAUCCUACAGAAAAGGUGUUUGAAACGUGUGGACAGUGAAGGCGGUGCAGGAAGUUGA